GCUUCAAACCCAUCGACUUCACUUUUCUUUGUCAUCCGCUAUUGCUGCCUGACCAUAAUCGCACUUUCGAUCGCGUUCUGCUCGGCUGUGGUGACAAUGUUGGUCGCUAAUUACAUGUACACCGGAUUGCCAUGUCGAGACGAUCCAAAAACAUUCUCCGUGAAAAACGACGAGGUUUGUUGGAUUUUAGUCCUCGCCACUGUCUUUUAUUUCGUUUUGCUUUGA